UGCAACUAACUGGCCUGAUAUGCACGUAUUGUUGGAGCGCGCACGCACUACAUUGAGUCAAUUGAAGCAAUAUGUCAGUUACUUCCGCGCUGGUGCGCCGCUGAUAGUUUGCCGUCUGAAACGUGGGUUAAGUGGUAGCGGUUCCUUAUCUAGGAAGGGAUUUUAUCGUGGUUCGCUGCUAAGGACAGGCGGUAACAAUGAGCUCUCGCAGAGGUAAAACGGCUAACACAGAAGUUAAAUUGACAAGAAAUUCAAUCAGGUCUAAUGAAGAUCAAAAAACCUCCAACAUGGCAGAUGCCAAAUACAUAGGCAAAAAGACUGUGAAGACGAGAAACCGGACAAACCUGGAUAAUCUAACUUUUGAUGAACGCCCAAAACCCGUGACAAGAAGCCACACAACCCCAAAAGACCUAUAUUCUGAUGGAGAUGAUAAUAAUGAUGACGAAGAAUCAAAGCAAAAACCCUGGGUUUCUCUAUCAAAAACAUCAAGCAUUGAUGAUGAUGAUGAUGAUGAUGAUGAUGAUGAUGAAGAAGCAAAGCAAAAACCCUGGAUUUCUCCAUCAAAACCACCAAGCUUUGAUGAUGGUGAUGAAGCUGAUGAUUAUGAUGAUUAUGAUAAUGAAGAUGAUGGUGAAUUGGAGCCAAGACAUUUGAUUCUUCAAAAAAGAAUGGACUUCAAAAAAGCUGGGAUGGGAAACCAGAAAAACCUAUUUUCUGAUGACGAUGAAGACUCUGAUACCACCUCAAAAACUUCAAGCAGUGACCACAAAAAAACUGUGAAGAGUAACCAGACAAACAGAAAAGACUCAUUUUCUGAAGGCACAUCAUGGUAUUCCAACAAAAUUAUCACAAUGUUUUCCGUUUUUGUCACAUUGGUAAUUGCCUCAUUUUUGGCUGCACAUUAUGACCUGUAUGGUGCCUUCAGGAUUAACGAGAAUAAUAGCAAUGCCCUAAGGCAUUUCCAGGACCACUUUAAUGCUCUGAAGUCUUCUUAUGGUAACCAAUCUGAGGAUCUAUGGAAAAGAACUAGGCGUUCUUUAGAGUUGCACCUUAACAAGUCAGAGUCCAAUACGCAGCCUGUCAUCAUUUUGCUGACUGCAGCGCGUGAUGCAGAGAGGACCCUGCAGUGCUUAAGCAGCCAACUAGCAAGGGUGUAUUCUGUCUCCCGUAAUAACAGCUAUAUGGUUAUCUCUGGGGCAAACAAAACUUUCCAAAACGGUGAGAGUGCUAAACUGGCCAUAGAUAAUAUUUUGGCCUCUGGCUUCCAAGAUACAUCAUCAGCAGCAGUUCUACAACACAUUGAAUCAUUGCACCCUGGUGCACUUCUCAUUCUGUACAAAUAUUGUGACCAUGAGAAUGCUGCCUUCAAGAACGUGGCACUAGUGUUGACUGUACUUCUCGAAGAUUCGAUACUGGAACGACAGCUGUCUCUUAAAGAAAUCGAAGAAAAGGUCAGAGAUUUUUUAUCUGAGAAGAUGAUUUCCUCAAAGAGCAGAGAAUCACACAGCGAAAUGGAUGCAGACAAACUAAGUGGUGUGUGGAGUCGAAUCUCACACACGGUGCUCCCUGUGUACCCAGAGGAUACAUUUGGAGACUGUGGCGGAAUAGAACAGGGGUUAUGAAACAAUAAGGCUUUUUUUGUGCUGGACUAUAUGUGCUACUGUUAUUUAUCUUUGCCUGUGAAAUUUUGAACUGCUGAUUUACAGCCUUCAUGCUUUCCCUCAGAUUCUGGUUUAGGCUGUACGUAGGCAUUCAGAACUGUAAGGCAAAAAUCAGUUAACAAACGCUAGAACUCUCCAACCAUGGCUUGCAGGCAAUUUCCACUGUCAUUGAGAGGUUUUGGAUGAUUUGGUGACAUCGUGUGCCAUAGCCUUAAGUGGCAAAACAAAAAAAUUGCACUAGUCUUUAAUUUAAAGCAAUACAAUAUUGAGAAACAUUUUUAUAAAAAAAAACAAGAUAAAGAAAAUAAAACCCUGCUUUCCCACCUCUUUUCUCUGAUUGGACAUUGAAGUCUUCUUUUGUAAAUUAGCACAAUUUUACUAUAAUACGUUUAAAGUUAAAUAUACUAUAGUUAAGCUUAACGUUGUUACACAGUUUAAAACUAUGGCUGAACUAUAAAUGCUUGGUCUGUGAAAUGUAUUCUUGUUUAUUGGCUUUUAGCACUGAGCCAUACCUACUUAGUAAAUAUUACUGGAAAAUAUUUUGUGGUUUGCAUUGAUUAAUGCAAUCUGUGCUUUUCUACAGUUCUUAUAUAAUCCUUUUUUUUUUUUUUUUUUAUAAAAACCUUGGAUAUCAUUUUCAGUGACCCAAUUACCUUUAGUAAAAAAAAGAACUUUUAGACUAAUAGCGCAUGGGUAGUUUUCUCUGCUGAGCACAAAAAUGCAGUUUAUCAUCACCACACCAAAAUCUAUUGUGUGCUCACAGGCUGAUCUUGUGCCUGUCAGUGCACACACAUUCAUGGAGAGGAAGGCAAUGAAUCAGUUUUUCCAAUCCAUGUUCUAAUUAGCCUUAAUGUCCAGAAAACAACUGCUUCAAAUUAUAGUUACAUCACAUUGUGAGGGAAAAAAAUGGCUGAUCUCCGUUGUCCAGGGACUUGCGAUUCCACACAGAUUCUUACAAAUCGGAAUCCUCAGAAAGUGUUGGAAUUGAUCCAGAUCCCAAAAUGAAUUCUGGAUCUUUGUUUAUCGUGUACCCUUUGAAAUAUCUCUGUGUGCAAAAUGAUGGUUGGUUUAAUAAAAAUGUUUAAUAUGCUUUCAUGGAAAAAUAUAUUUUUGUGUGUGCUUGCUUCAGGUUAGCAUGUGAGCAUAUGGCUAAGAGGGAAAAUUGAAUGUUGUCAGUCAGCAUUUGGUAAGGAGCUGUAAAUUACUGCUUGUGCUUUUUAGACAGAUUUUGUGCUUGCAUUUCAAUUUGGCUAUGUUUUCAUUGUGUUUACCUUUCAAGUCAUUUUUUUUAUUUGUCAUACUAUUCUGCCUUUAUCAAGCCCCAAAUGAAAAUGUCUUGUUUUUAGGGCCAAUAGCCAUGGAUAUUUGGCCUUUCAAAUUGAUGCCUGGUUGCUGGGAUAAUGAAGACUGAGCACUUACUGAAAAUUGUAUUAUAAUAUCAUUGUGUACAUACCAAAAGUUAAUUUUCAGGUGAACUCUUCUUGUAAUUGAGUAGUAAUUCUAAAUGAUGCCUAGAGUCUCCUAAAUUGCUUAUUGUGGCUAGGCUUACAUCAGUGGUUGUAUAAAAUACAGAAUUCUGAAUAGAAGCAGCUUUUUCUUGAAAUAAAUCUGUUUUGAAUAA